CAUCAACAUAAAGAUAACCACAGCAUGCAUCGAUGUUGUUAAACGAGUCGUUAGCAUAGCUUGACUAUAGUAUUCAUCAUUUCAUAUUGAAUGCAACAAACUAAAAGGUGCGCCACUUCACGUCUUCGUUUUUCUGUUUCUGGCAUUUGCACAUUUUAGUUUUAGAUUUCUCGCAAUUUGUAUUACUAACUUAGAAGUUCAUACUUGCAGUCAGUAUACAUAAGCUAUGUCACCAGACUUUUGAUUGCUUCGUCUGAUUUCUUUCAUAUUUGUCUCCCUCGUCGGAUUAUUACAAUGCUGGCUAAUGAACGAUUGCGUUUCAAGCUUCAUUCUGUCAACUAUCCGGUGUACGAUGUUUUCGAUGUUUCAGAUUUGGCGAAUGUACGCAAUGUGAUCGUAUGGCUGGAGGAUAGGCUUAUUCGAGCUCUUCCUGCUGAAGCUAGGUUGCGUGACGUACAAUCUUUGGAAUGGACAAGCUAUUUAAAUAAGUAUCUUCAGGCAGUAAAGUGCCCUUUUAAUGAAUCUAAUUCUUGGGCUAUGUUGGAUUGGCUUCUUAGUAAAGCACUACUAUUGGAAUACAACUCAUCUAGAAAUACUCAACACAGCAGUAUAUCUGAGAACCCUACUAUUUCCACGAACGCUUUUAAUAACAUAGAUGCUAACAGUGAUGAGUUUAAGGAAAAUGUUUUAAAGAUGGCUAAGUUAUUGCAGAUUCCUGCCCAUCCAGAUAUCAAAAUAUUAUUUAAGGCCAUCUGUUUAGUUAUUGAACAAAAACUUGAAGUAAAUAUAUUGAAUGAUGCUAUAAAGAACUAUGGAACAUCUAAACUUUAAGAGUGUUCUUUUAUUCUCUUAUUGGUUACUUAAUUGGGAAAAUUCUUUUGUAUACAGGUCCGUCUUUCAGCAAACUUUAUUACAAUCACCUAUAAUACAAUCCCAUGAGACGAUAUAUGUUUAUUUAUUUGACAAUUUAUUCUUCGUAAUAUUGAAGCAUUUGACUAAGUGUGAUGUUCGUUUUUUUCGACUUGCAUGUAUAAGGUUUAUACAACUGAUGAGAUUAAGUGGGGAAAUUAUUUUCUGUACCAGAUCAAAUACAAAACUUUUGUCGCUUUCCUUAUUGGUCAAUCUUUUGUACUUAGAUACCAGAUGGUGAUAAAGUUGGUGCUAUUAGUUAGGUUCUAUCGAUCAAGGGUCUGGUCUAGUCAGUUAUGUAGCUAGGAUGAUAGGACUACGAAUUCAAUUUGGAUUUUAAUGUUUAGGAGUAUUUUGGGGGAAUUUUCAGUUUUAUGCUUCAGGUAUACAACCAUGUAUGGGGUAAUUGGGUUUAUAAUUUCAAUAAAACUCAUGGCACUAAAGAAAUGUAAGCUCACAUUUUUUGGCAUCGUCAGUCAUAAAGUUAAUACCGAUAACGUGAAAUUAUCUUACGGUAUCUCACUGUCUGAAUAUGACGUUUCAUUAACCAUGGAAAUUAACCACGUUUAAACGUCGUUAAUAGGUUGCAGUGAGGACUUAUAUGUUUUCAAGGAUUUCUAACUUCACAAUUUAUUCACUAAGGCUACCUUAAAUCGUGGAAAGUUAGUCUAUCAGUUUAAGCAAGAAAAAAAGUGUAACAAAUGACAAUUAGAAGAAAUAUACACCACAGUGAAGUAUUUACAUGUUUAUAUUUGAAACCACUACUGAGACCAUUAGGAAUUUCGAUAUUAAAAUUGGUUUUAGUCUGUAUCAAGUUACUUAUGGAAACACUCCCUUCGUAACUGCAAUUUACACCACGAAAAUGCAUAUAUACAUAUAGUUUCAUCGCUUGGUUGUCUGUUUGAGUCAUUUAAUACUUAAACCAUAUUUGUACUCAUAAGUGUUUGCUUAAAUAACAAGAUAAUUAUUGCAAUUCAGUAAAUAUAUAGUAACUGGGAAACAAGGCUGUGGAGAACAUGUUUUGUGAACUCUAGGUAUCUUACUACUUUGCUCUUCGACCUAAAAGUAAGUAAAGCAUAGUACAAGCUUACAACAAAGUUGAGCAAAGUCGAUUCUCUUAACUAUUGAGCCAUAGUUUUAUAUGGUUAGAAAAGAAAUGCAGUGAAAUAUUAUGUAGUUUCUCUCCUUUUUGAGAGGUUUGAUGAACUUCAGUUUAUAAGAAUAUUGUUUUCAAGCUUAUCAGUAGUUAGCUGUUCAUCUACUCAGUGUUUGGGAACCUGGUUUAAGAUUAUGAAAAAGAUUUGUUGCUCAGAUGGUUGCACUUGUUUGUUCCUUUGCUUGAGCUAGGUGGUUUGAUCGUGCUGCUUUAACUGUCCUUCUGAACAAUAUCGUUGGUGAAAACCACAGAGAAGAGUGAGGUAUUUAUAUUCAUCUACACAUGACUGACCGUUCUGUCUACCCUGAUUGUUUGUUCCUGUUACCACCGAUACUGUCACUAUCCCUACGAUUUUCGGCUCUAUUUUUCCUUAGUAAUGAAGUAUGGUAUGAUGUACAUACGCACCAGGUUUCACGUUGUGACUGAUUGAUUGACCCGUCCUGUUGUUAUAUGCACAUUUAUUUUGAUUGUCAUCCCCUGUAACUUCAUUUUCGAUCUGGCUGCCCACGACUUUUUAAUUAGGUGAAAAUCGGACCGAUUCCGACACAUUUAUUGAUUGCUAAUGAAUCUUAGUGCCAAGCUCCCGAAAGUUCAGUGGUCUUGGCAUUCCUUCUAUCAAAGAUUUCGACAUUUUCACGGUCAAACGUACAUAAUUGUCUACGUAGAUUGAUAUGCAAGAAGAUACAUCCUAGUGUUCAACAACUAGGUGAUGUUGAUGCAUGUUAAGAUCACUUAAUUUGCAAUUUAUUGCUUGUUGCAAAUAAAGAAAGACUAAUUUAUGCAUGACAUUUAAGCAACGCCAAAGUGACCUGAAGAAUAUUCUCCUACUUGCUACGGUUAUAAGAGGGUCAUAAGUUAGUGUGAAGUAUUAUGAUCAGCGUUAACAAUUGGAUGUUAGGUUUUCAUCACGAACUGGCAUAAGCUGUAGUGCUAAAAGGCUAUUUAACCUAUGGACGAAUAAAUUUUGCGCCCAAAAUUCUGAUUGGUCCGUCCACAUGUUAUAAUCUAUCAGCACCUGAAGCAAAUAAAUGUUAACUUUUCUACUUUCUCCAUUUCAUUCCUUUCGGUUUCCAUGAGAUUGACUUGGUUUAUGUUCUGCGUAUAUUCCAAACGCUCCCAAUAACCUUGUUGUGACUCCUGAUAUGUCCUUCAUAUGUGGUAGGGUGACUUAUUUGUUGGUUUUCACACUUAUUUUCGUUCCUGUUGGUAAUAAGAUUGUUUUAUCAUUUGAAAUAAAAGCAUCCUUUUGAAAAAAACGUACUAAAAUAAGUAAUACUUUCAGAAAAUAUGGUAAGUUUAUGAGUUUGUAUGAUGAUUUUUUUAAAAAAGAAACCGCAUUGUUUGCAAUGAUAACAUUUGGAAGAGAUAAAAAUAUACAAUCUGAAUGUUGCGUUUUUUCGAUUUUAAAUCCUUGUACAUAAAAUUCACGCACUUUCUAUUUAUUCGAUUUUCUUGCAUCGUUUAGGUUGAUAUGCUAAAGCUUGAUGAUGUAUGCCUUGGAUUUAGUGUUAAAGAUCCUCAUGUAAAGGCUGCAGCUAUUGCGUUAAGAUUGUUAAAUAUAGAUCGGCUACGAAAAUUACAGAACCAAGCAAAUGCUAGCAUAGUACAUGUUCAAAAAUUGACAGCAGACCCAAAAACUGACGAAAGACUUGGAAAAGUUGGCUUUUAAUUUUUUUUUAAUAAAUAAUUUGUUGAAUGGACAGAUUUCUGAUCUGAAAUUAUUACUUUUAAAGUGAACGUUUUUUGGUCUUAUGAUAGCUGAAUAUUGUGUAUGCAGUCACUUCAUGAUGUCUCCUUUUGUUUUCGUAUCGGUUUGUUUUCCUCGAUGCGCAUGUCUGGAAAACUAGUUAUUGUCACUUUUUAAAGAUGAAGCCAAUGUUAUUAUCAGAGAGUUGAUUAAAGUAUUCAAUAUAGCAUGGUGGUAAACUGCAAAGUACCAUCAUGCUAAUAGUCUGCCAUUACCUAUAUUUCUAGUCUGCAACUAGACUUUAACUAUCCAGCCGUUAAGCAAUGAACGUUUAUGCAUUCUGUACACAUCACAAAUUAACAAACGGAAACGGAUUUUGUAUUUUAGUUAAACCACUUUUCCAACCGACAUCAACAUAUAUAUUGAUUAUAGUCGCACCUAACACUAAUAGUGAGUAUCGAAAGCAUG